CCACGUACAACUAGCAGGAGGUUUGUCAUCCCUCAUCCGAGCAGCAGCAUCCUACACCACAUGCAUUCGUGCGGGAGAACAGAGCAAUGGGGAGGCGCUUGCUGAUUUUCUUGCCACGGCUGCUGCUGCUGCUGCUUUCAUCACACGCUGCGACGGCGUUCCGGUUCACAGUGGAUGACUUCCCUGAUGGAUUUACCUUUGGAUCCGGGACCGCAGCUUUUCAGUACGAGGGUGCAAUAGCUGAGGAUGGGAAGAGCCCAAGCAUUUGGAACACCUGGGCUCACUCAGCGAGGAAUCCAAAUGAGCGCAGUGGCGAUAUUGCUUGUGAUGGCUAUCACAAGUAUAAGGAAGAUGUAAAGCUAAUUAAAGACAUAGGCCUGAAGGCUUACAGGUUCAGCAUAUCUUGGUCAAGACUUAUUCCUAAUGGGAGAGGAGCGAUUAACCCAAAAGGGCUGCAGUUCUACAACGAUUUGAUAAAUGAAUUAGUUAAAGAGGGUAUUCAGGUACAUGCUGUCAUUUACCACCUAGACCUCCCACAAAUCCUCGAAGACGAGUAUGGCGGAUGGCUGAGCCCCAGAAUUGUAGAUGACUUCACAGCAUACUCUGAUGUGUGUUUUCGCGAGUUUGGCGAUAGGGUUGCGCACUGGACAACUAUCCUGGAACCAAACAUCAUUGCUCAAGGUUCCUAUGACAUGGGAGCUGUGCCCCCUGGACGUUGUUCGAAUCCAUUUGGCGUUGGUCGUAAUUGUACGGUUGGCAACUCUUCUGUGGAACCUUACUUAUUUCUACACCACAGUCUGCUGGCUCACUCGUCUGCUGUCAGGCUUUACCGGGAGAAGUACCAGGCUGUUCAGAAGGGCGUAGUGGGCAUAAACCUGUAUUCCUUGUGGAUUUACACAUUGACAGAUUCAGCUGAAGAUAUCCAGGCAACGGAAAGAGCCAACGACUACUUGUUUGGUAGCAUCUUGCACCCUUUCUUGUUUGGAGACUACCCGGAGAGCAUGAAGAAGGCUGCUGGCACCCGCCUUCCAUCGUUCACCAGUUAUGAAUCCGAGCUUGUUACUGGAGCAUUUGACUUCAUCGGACUGAAUCACUACAGCUCCAUAUACGCGAGCAACAAUCCUGAUGCGUCAAAGAUGCCCGUGCGAGACCAAGCAGCUGACGUUGGAGCUUUGUUCAGAGCAACCAGGGACGGGGAAACUUCCACGCUGAUUCCUUCAGGCAGAGUGGUUGAUCCUCAAGGACUAGAGCAUGCACUCAGAUAUAUCCGUGAAAAGUACGGAAACAUCUCAAUUUACAUCCAGGAAAACGGCCGUGGACAACUUAGCGACGACCUGAUGGAUGUAGAACGGGUUGACUUCCUGAAGAAGUAUAUUGCAAGCACGCUGAAAGCCAUCAGGGAUGGAGCCAAUGUCAAAGGAUACUCUGUGUGGGCACUGAUGGAUCUGUACGAGAUUUUCGGGGGUUACAAGGCGUAUUUUGGCCUCAUCCGCGUCGAUUUCUGGGACAAGAGGCGUCAGAGGCAGCCAAGGCUUUCUGCGUACUGGUACUCAGACUUCUUGAAGAAGAAUGCUUCAAUUCAGGUGGAGAGUGGUGCAGCAACUACAACUUAUCAUGCACAAAUUUAAGCGCUCCAUCCGAAGAAUGCCAUUUAUACGUGAGAGCUACACUCUAAAAAGAAAUAAUCGAAAGGGUACAAUUUUACUGAAAAAUUCAGCUUGGUGUUUGGUACGUGGAGCAUGUUGUAAGGUUUGUAAAUUCUGUAACAGUCUCCUUUUGAAGGAGCCUUCACACGAAUGUCAUGACGAUGACACGGGGGUGUUUGGAUAGCAGGUGCUAAA